AUGAGACAACGAAUCGAAGUGAUCCACUCGGAUCCAGACCAGGACAUCCGUCAGUUCAUAGAAACCGUCUCCGAAGACCUAACAGACAUCGAUCGAUUCCAUAACAUCUCCAUCUCGCCCAAACGGCAAGCUCGUCUUGAGGAAUACUACAAGUCGACUCUCGCCUCACUCAAGGACAUCCCUUUCAGACACCUCAAUCAAGAUGGCAAGAUCGACUACCUCCUUAUCCAGAACUUUCUGAACCGGGAUUUGAGACAGCUGGGGCUGACGGCCGAGAAAAAUAAGAAGUCGAAGCCGCUGCUAGGGUUUGCGCUGGGGAUUGUGGGCUUGUGUGAAGAUAGGCAGAAUAUGAAGAAAAUGGACGGGAAGAAAGCUGCGCAAGAAAUAUUUGAAAUUGGAAAGCAAAUUUCUGAGACGCAGGCUAAGAUCCAAGCCCAGAAAAUUAAGGUUGAUAAAACAAGUGCUUUUCGUGCAACGAGGACUGUCGAUGAACUACGUGCUCACUUAGAGGAAUGGUAUGGAUUUUACAAUGGGUAUGAUCCACUUUUCAGCUGGUGGGUCAAAGAACCGUAUGGGAAGGUCAAGAAACAGUUGGAAGAGCUUCCCGCCUUGAUCAAAGAGAGGCUUGUGGGAAUUGACCCAAAUGACAAUGAUGCGAUUGUUGGGGAUCCGAUUGGACGAGAAGGAUUGCUAGCUGAUCUUGAGUCAGAGAUUAUUCCUUACACCCCGGAACAGCUGCUAGAAAUUGCGGAGGAAGAGUAUGUCUGGUGUGAAUUAGAGAUGAAGAAAGCGUCGCAUGAGUUGGGAUAUGGAGAUGAAUGGCGAAAUGCUCUGGAGCACGUCAAGAAUCUGUACGUGGAGCCGGGAAACCAACCUGAGCUUAUCCAUUUUCUGGCACAGGAAGCUACAGAUUAUGUCGAGAAGCAUGAUCUCGUUACAGUACCGAGGAUAGCCAAGGAGAAUUGGCGUAUGUUUAUGAUGUCGCCUGAGAGGCAGCAGAUAAACCCCUUCUUUCUAGGUGGAACAUCAAUCAUUGUGUCAUAUCCGACUGAUACGAUGGACCACGAGGCGAAAAUGAUGAGUAUGAGGGGCAACAACAUCCAUUUUUCACGGUCAACUGUGUUUCAUGAGAUGAUUCCUGGUCAUCAUUUGCAAUAUCACAUGAUGGCCCGCCACAAGCCCUACCGUCAGAUGUUCUUCACGGCAUUCUGGACAGAAGGAUGGGCUCUGUAUUGGGAAAUGAUACUCUGGGACAAGAAGUUCCCCGAAAGUCCCGAAAAUAGAAUCGGGAUGCUUUUCUGGCGAAUGCAUCGAUGCGCACGUAUCGUUUUCUCCGUCAAAUUCCACCUUGGACAGAUGAGUCCACAAGAAUGCAUCGAUUUACUGGUAUAUAAAGUUGGCCAUGAACGCGCAACUGCAGAAGGAGAAGUUCGCCGCUCAUUUGCAGGUGACUAUAGUCCGCUCUACCAAGCUGGCUAUAUGCUUGGGGCCUUGCAAAUAUACGCACUCAGAAAGGAGGUUGUGGAUAGUGGCAAGAUGACGGAAAAGCAAUUUCAUGAUCGGGUGUUGCAGGCAAAUAUGAUGCCCAUCGAGCUGCUGCGAGCAUUGUUAAAGGAGCAACACAUAACUCCCGAGUUCAAGUCUUCAUGGCGGUUCUACAAUGGAAGAUGA